AAGCCUUGUUCAAUUUCGAGCUACCACCUCACAAACAAUUUACUUUUCUCUGUUCAUCUGUCAAAGUUCAAACCCCACCCCACCCCCCCUCCUCUCUCUCUCUCUCUCAUUCAAACCCGUUAAACGUCUCUCCAACUGUAAGUACCACUUUAAUUUUCUUUUCUUUCUUUUCAAUCGUUUAAAUUUUCUUUUCCAUACUUGUAUCUAUACGAUCAGUCUCUGUUAAUUCAGUUUUCCAGGAUUAGCAGAUCGGUGUACAUAUACUUUACAUACAGGGGGAAAAAAAAACAUUCUUACGUAAAAGUUUCGUAUUUAAUCUGUAUCUACUAGGCUAAUCGGUUGAUUCUCAUCAAGAGAAAAUAAAAAUGAAUACUUGCAGUUGUAUUGGAAUUUCCACAAUGAAACCCUGCUGUAGACUCUUGAUCAGUUGUAGAAAUUCCUCAGUUUUCGGAUCCCCAAUCCCAAAGUGCAACCAUAAUCAUUUGGUUGCUAACAAUUUGUCGAAAUCUCAAUUUAAAGUCGACAAAUUUUGUCGAUUUCAUACUUUUAACAAUAGGAUUUUAGGGUACAAACGUGUGAAUGAUUCGAAUCGGAAGGCUUUUAAUGUGUCCGAUUCGAAUUGGGUUCAAUCUAGGGUAUUUACACAUUGUAGUGUUGAUAAAAGCAAAUGCUUUUCACUCGUAGCUAAUGUAGCAUCAGAUAUUAGGAACCAUUCAACUGCAGUGGAAAAACCCCAGGUUAAUGAAAAGGGAUUUGAGAGCAUUUACAUUCAAGGUGGUUUGAAUGUGAAGCCUCUGGUGAUUGAGAGGAUAGAGAUAAUCCCAGAUGUAGGUGAAGUGUCUAAGGAAGAAGUUAAUAAUAGAAGUGUAAAUGUAGAUGAUUUAAAGGGUUUGAAUGGGACAAAUAUAUCAAUUCAUGAGAGAGAGGUGUCUGUGGUUGAAAAGGAGGCAUGGAAGUUGCUUCGAGAUGCUGUUGUGAACUACUGUGGGAUUCCUGUGGGGACAGUCGCGGCUAACGAUCCUGUUGAGAAGCAAACUCUGAAUUAUGAUCAGGUCUUCGUUCGUGAUUUUGUCCCGUCAGCGCUCGCAUUCUUGCUUAAUGGAGAAGGCGAGAUCGUCAGGAAUUUUCUACUUCACACUCUGCAGUUGCAGAGUUGGGAGAAGACCGUUGACUGCUACAGCCCUGGACAGGGCUUGAUGCCAGCAAGUUUUAAAGUCAAAACAAUGCCUCUGGAUGGAAGUGAUGGAGCCGUCGAGGAUGUCUUGGACCCAGAUUUUGGUGAAUCAGCUAUUGGGCGUGUUGCACCUGUUGAUUCUGGAUUGUGGUGGAUUAUUUUGUUGAGAGCGUAUGGAAAGCUGACUGGUGACUAUGGGUUGCAAGAGAGGGUGGAUGUGCAGACAGGCAUAAGACUGAUACUUAAUCUGUGUUUAACUGAUGGGUUCGACAUGUUUCCUUCUCUCUUAGUAACUGAUGGUUCCUGCAUGAUUGAUAGGCGGAUGGGUAUUCAUGGUCAUCCUCUUGAAAUCCAAGCUCUAUUCUACUCAGCUCUGCGCUGCUCCCGGGAGAUGCUUAUUGUCAACGAUGUAACCAAGAAUUUGGUGGCAGCAAUCAAUAACCGCCUCAGCGCGCUUUCAUUCCAUAUCAGAGAAUACUACUGGGUGGAUAUGAAGAAACUAAACGAAAUAUACCGUUACAAGACAGAGGAGUACUCUACUGAUGCCGUCAAUAAGUUUAAUAUUUAUCCCGAUCAAAUUCCCUCUUGGCUAGUAGAUUGGAUUCCGGAAGAAGGUGGUUAUCUCAUCGGGAAUCUAGAACCUGGUCACAUGGAUUUCAGAUUUUUUACACUUGGAAAUCUUUGGUCCAUAGUUUCUUCUUUGGGUACCCAUAAACAGAAUGAGGGUAUUCUAAAUUUGAUUGAAGCCAAAUGGGAUGAUCUUGUGGCCCACAUGCCUCUGAAGAUAUGCUACCCCGCUUUGGAGUAUGAGGAAUGGCGUAUAAUCACCGGAAGUGACCCGAAGAAUACGCCCUGGUCAUAUCAUAAUGGUGGAUCCUGGCCAACUCUUCUGUGGCAGUUCACAUUGGCCUGCAUUAAGAUGAAGAGGCCAGAAUUAGCAAGAAAGGCAGUUGUUUUGGCAGAAAAGAGGCUGUCAGUCGACCAGUGGCCUGAAUAUUAUGACACUCGCGGUGGGAGAUUUGUAGGGAAGCAAUCUCGACUUUUUCAGACGUGGACAAUCGCAGGGUUUCUGACCUCAAAGAUGCUACUGGAGAAUCCAGAGAAGGCGUCCAAGCUAUUUUGGGACGAGGAUUACGAGCUACUUGAGAUUUGUGUUUGUGCACUGAGCAAAUCUGGCCGGAAGAAAUGCUCGCGUGGUGUUGCCAAAUCUCAGGUUGACAUUUGAAGAACAAGUCUAACAUGGAGCUGACUUCAUUUUGUACAAAGAUGAUACUAGUUACAUUCACAGCUAUAGACUGAUAAUGGGUUAGUGCUGCCUGUUUUCUGGCAGCCUACAUCAUUGUUAACUAGUUCACCAGAUUUAUGUUUCAGUUAUAGUAGUUGAUACCUGAUUAAAGGGUAGAUGGCUAAUGUUUUGGAAAGCCUCUAACCUAGUUUCUUGCAUCAUGUAUGUUUUCAAAUCAUGACAAACUUGGACUACUAUUGUUUUUACCAU